AUGACUAACGUCUCAGUCCUCCUCUUCGAUUUGAAGACAGGCCGCUCCUCCUCCACCGUUCAAGUCCGGUUGCUCCGUUUCUUGAAGGCCAUGAAUGUCUGCCGGGGUGGAGAACUUAUGGGAGUGGAUAUGCUCCUACUCGAUUCUCAGGCGACCAUGAUGCCUGCUACCAUGAAUUUCAACCGGCUUGCAACUCACAUGCCUAAUCUGAAAUCGAGUUCGGUUUAUUCUCUAACCGUUUUUGAUGUUACUCAAUGUAACCAAAAUUAUCGGUUAUCGGACUCUGUCCUGAUAAUCCAUUUUAGCGACUCAAACUCUUUCAAUGAGGAUAAGAAUCGUGUUAUGGCAACGAUUAACAUGGAAAAUGACAUGUAUGUGACCAUGAGUUUUUUCGACUCUCAGGCUGUUAAGAUGCACAAUCAACAAGAAAAAAUGCGAGGUGAUCCAAGGGUUGUGGUUGCAACCAGUGUCAACCCCAAGAUGGUGGGAGGUCAUCUGUUUUUGAAUGCCACCUCCGGCACACACAUAUACUUUGACAAGGAAACAGCUGUAGGGGAGAGUUUUUUCUACAUGUUGGUUGCACAAGACACUGGGCUUACACCAGCAUCUCCACGGCUAAGGGGAUAUGCUAAGGUGGAAUCCCUGAGCAUAGCUGAGCUCAAUAAUUUUGUCACAACUGCUCCCUCGCAGGAAAUUGAUUUUGUCUGUACCGGAAGAGUGACUGGAAUAAAGGUGGAGAAGGGAUGUGCCUAUGCCACAAUCGUUUCUCAUGAUGGCCGAGCCAUUACCAUUGAUGGUCACCGCAGGGUUCUCCUUUCCGGUUCGAUCCAUUAUCCUAGAAGCACUCCUGAGAUGUGGCCGGAUCUUAUCAAAAAAGGUAAAGAAGGAGGUCUUGAUGCGAUCGAAACAUAUGUCUUCUGGAAUGCGCAUGAGCCUACUCGCCGUCAAUAUGAUUUUUCUGGAAAAUUAGAUCUUAUUCGAUUCCUGAAAACCAUUCAAGAUGAAGGAUUGUAUGGUGUUCUUCGCAUAGGACCAUAUGCAUGUGCUGAGUGGAAUUACGGAGGAUUCCCAGUGUGGCUGCACAACAUGCCUGGAAUGGUGUUCAGAACUACAAAUAAAUCAUUUAUGGAUGAGAUGCAAAACUUCACAACUAUGAUAGUAGACAUGGUCAAGAAAGAAAAAUUAUUUGCAUCACAAGGAGGCCCAAUUAUUCUUGCUCAGAUAGAAAAUGAGUAUGGAAAUGUAAUGGGACCCUAUGGAGACUCGGGGAAAGCAUACAUUAAGUGGUGUGCAAAUAUGGCUCAGUCUCUUGAUGUUGGUGUUCCAUGGAUAAUGUGUCAACAAAAUGAUGCUCCUCAGCCUAUGUUGAAUACAUGUAAUGGAUUUUAUUGUGACAAUUUUGUACCAAACAAUCCCAACACUCCUAAGAUGUGGACUGAAAAUUGGACCGGAUGGUUUAAGCAAUGGGGUGGUAAAAAUCCCCAUAGAACAACCGAAGAUGUUGCAUUCUCUGUUGCAAGAUUCUUCCAAAGAGGAGGAACUUUUAAUAAUUAUUAUAUGUACCAUGGAGGCACCAACUUUGACAGAACCGCAGGUGGUCCAUACAUCACAACUUCAUAUGAUUAUGAUGCUCCCCUUGACGAAUAUGGUAAUUUGAAUCAACCAAAAUACGGACAUUUAAAACAACUUCAUGAUGUUCUUCACUCUAUGGAGAGAACUCUCACAUACGGAAACAUCUCAACCAUUGACUUUGGAAACUCUGCAUCGGCAACAAUUUAUAAAACCGAAGAAGGAUCAAGCUGCUUUUUUGGAAAUGGAAAUGAAAAUUCAGAUGCAAAAAUUAGUUUCCAAGGAGAAUCUUAUGUUAUCCCGGCUUGGUCUGUUACCAUUUUACCAGAUUGCAAAAAUGAGGCUUAUAACACCGCCAAGAUUACCACUCAGACUUCAAUGAUGGUUAAGAAACCAAAUGAAGCUGAGGAUACCCCUUCAACUCUGAAAUGGUCAUGGAGACCAGAGAACGUGGACAACUUCAUUUUGAAAGGAAAAGGAGAAUCUACACAGACACAACUAUUUGAUCAGAAAGUAGUAACCAAUGACCAAAGUGAUUAUCUAUGCAUGUCUCUUCGCGUCAACAGUACUGCUCAUGUCCUUCACGCUUUUGUCAAUGGAAAACAUAUUGGUAAUCAACACGCUGAGGAUGGAAAAUUUAACUAUGUAUUUGAGAAAGAUGUGAAGUUUAAGUCUGGUCGUAAUGUCAUUGCUCUUCUUAGCAUAACUGUGGGACUUGCCAACUAUGGUAUUUUCUUUGAAAGUAAGCCAGCUGGAAUCACUGGACCCAUUUUUAUUACUGGAAGAAAUGGUGAUGAAACUAUAGUUAAAGACUUGUCUGCUCAUAAAUGGAGCUAUAAAACCGGUUUAAAUGGGUUUGAGAACCAACUCUUUAGAACGGAAUCAAUGUCUAAAUGGUCGGUUGAAAGUGUACCGUUUAACCGAACCAUGACUUGGUAUAAGGCAACAUUCAAGGCUCCCUUGGGAAAUGAUCCAGUUGUUGUCGAUCUUAUGGGACUUGGAAAAGGUACAGCUUGGGUCAAUGGAAACAACAUUGGGCGUUAUUGGCCGGCAUUCAUUUCAAGCGAAAAUGGUUGUGAUGCAAAAUGUAAUUAUAGAGGGGCUUAUCAUGCUGAAAAAUGUCUGACCAAUUGUGGAGAACCCACACAAAGAUGGUACCAUGUGCCUCGCUCUUUCUUGAAUGCAGAAGGAGAUAACACACUAGUUUUGUUUGAGGAGAUGGGAGGAAACCCAUCGCUUGUCAGUUUCCAAACUACUAGAGUGGGAAGUGUGUGUGCUAACGUCUAUGAGAAUAAAAUUAUUGAGCUUUCAUGCGAUAGAAAACCCAUUUCUGCCAUCAAAUUUGCAUCAUUUGGUAACCCACAUGGCAAUUGUGGAUCUUUUGAAAAAGGAACUUGUGAAUCAAGUAACAACACGGUUGAUAUUCUCACACAAGAAUGUGUUGGAAAAGAGAAGUGUUCCAUUGAUGUCUCUACAAAAAAGUUUGGAGCACCAGAUUGCAGUGGUGCUGCUAGAAAGCUCGCUGUCGAAGUUAUCUGCUAA